UACAACUUUGCUAAAUUUCACACAGUAGAUGAGACAGGUAGUGAAGUUUUGUUCGUUUCGUGUGUAUCGAUUUUUUGAGUGAAGUGAACGUAGUGUUCGUGUCCUUUAGUUUAGUGACGUUUGUUAGAAAAAUAUCUGUGAAUGGGAUUGUGUAACGAGAUAAAACGUUUACUUGGUGUGUGAUUCUCUGUAAAGGAUGACGAAGGAUAGGUUAGCGGCGCUCCAAGCGGCGCAAAGCGACGAUGACGAUGUCGGGCCCGACGACGUCAACGUCGCCGUCGAAGGGGGCUUUAUGGACGAAUUCUUCAGUGAGGUUGAAGAGAUACGAGAGAUGAUAGAUAAGAUUCAGGCGAACGUGGAAGAAGUGAAGAAGAAGCACAGUGCCAUCCUAUCAGCGCCGCAAUCAGAUGAAAAAACAAAGCAUGAACUGGAAGAUCUCAUGGCCGACGUUAAGAAAACUGCCAACAAAGUCAGAGGAAAGUUAAAACACAUAGAGCAGAACAUCGAGCAGGAGGAGCACUCUAAUAAAUCGUCAGCGGAUUUGAGGAUAAGAAAGACACAGCACUCGACGCUGUCGCGCAAGUUCGUGGAGGUGAUGACGGAGUACAACCGCACGCAGACCGAUUACCGAGAUCGCUGCAAGAGCAGGAUACAGCGGCAGCUGGAGAUCACCGGCCGCGCGACCACCGAUGACGAACUCGAGGAGAUGCUUGAGCAGGGCAACUCGGCAGUAUUCACACAGGGGAUAAUAAUGGAGACCCAGCAGGCGAAGCAGACACUGGCCGAUAUCGAGGCGCGGCACGCCGACAUCAUCAAGCUGGAGACUUCCAUCCGCGAGCUCCACGACAUGUUCAUGGACAUGGCGAUGCUAGUCGAGAGCCAGGGAGAGAUGAUCGACCGCAUUGAGUAUCAUGUAGAACAUGCUGUGGACUAUGUCCAAACUGCCACACAAGACACUAAGAAGGCCCUUAAAUAUCAGAGCAAAGCCCGACGGGUGAGUGAUCAUUUCAAUGAAGAUUCAUUCUUUACUAAUUUGUUUUUGUUUUGUUUCUCCCUGUCCCUCGUCCGGCUCCCGUCCUCACUCCGACAUUGUGACUCCAUUUUGUUUCAUUGUGUAUGAUUUGAUUCGUUGAACCUGCAUUUUGUUAAUGAUGAGACGGUGAUUGGUUCACUCGUGUUUGUGUUUUCAUUCCUUCCAUUAAUGUGUCUACACUAUGUGCUUUGACUGUUGUGUUCAUUCGGCUCAACUAACAAACGGUUGAAGUGGGCUUUCUUACCUAAUCUUGUACCUUACUCUGUGUAUUUACUAAUCUAUGACUUCAUUGGUGUGUGCGUAAUUUGCCUUUUGUAUAUGGUCGUCCUUGUUAUAUAAUAACUGUAUAUUACUAAUCUCUAACAUGUUAUUAUGUAACAACUGUUUGGUGUAUCAUAAAUAAUGACUGUCAUAAACUUACAAUAUAUAACAUACCGUGCAAUUACUAGGUUAACACUGAAUGUCAUUACAUUGUAACACGUGUCCGUUUGUGCUUUUAGUUUUAUACUUUUAUCUAACUUCGUCUAUAGGAAUUUAUGCUGUGGCUAAUGAACGGGUUUAAUACACCUAAUAUAACUCUAUAUAACUACCUAUUAACGUUUCGCUGCAGCUCCACUUUGGUCGGCUCCUGUAACACGAUAUUGACUAUGGGGAUUUGUAUAAAAUCGUAUGAACCAAUCGUCCGUGGGUGUCGCUAGCCGCGGUACGUUGUCGCGUCCCUCCCCUCCCCGCGCCGUCCCCUUAGCACAGCAGGGCGAGCUCAUAGAUCGCAUCGAGUACCAUGUCACGCAAGCCACCGACUACGUCGACUACGGCCGCGUCGAGAUACGCAAGGCCGGCGAGUACGCCGCCAAGGCGCGGAAGAAAAAAAUCUUCAUCAUAAUAUGCCUGUCUGUUACGCUGGUUAUAUUAAUAAUAGUGCUCGCGAUUGUCCUGAGUUAAACUUCGUGCGAAGACAGCCGGCUUGUGACGUCAGACCGGACCCCCGUGGACUAAGUGAAAGAAUUCAGUUGGUUUGUGAGCACAUACAUCCAACAUUGAUAUUCGUCUGUAUACCAUUGAGUCAAAUGUAGACCCUAGCUACAUUUAAUACGAUAAUAUUAUCUGAAUAUAUUUGCUUGAUUAUUUAAUAAACACAGCAAGAAUUGUUGUUGUAAAUGUCACAACAGAUAUGCAUGGAUGUAGCAAAUGCAUUGUGUUUUAAGAUUUAUCAAAAAGGCUGUAUUAUGAUAUUAUUAUCUAGAUUAUUCUGCUUUAUUCAUUAAUCUAGUUCAUGUGCUGUUACGUUACACAAGCGUUAUGUUACGAGUAUAAUCGAUAAGUAAAUAAAAGUUCGCGCGAUGAGAAAACAUUAGGGACAAUCGUACGCAGCGCCAUCUACAAGGUGCUAUUUAAUACAAGUUUGUAACACAGCCUUUUUGAGUACUUGAGCACCGUUGUAUAAUUUGAUAAUAUAACUAAACAGGAUUAUAAACUCUUUUGCCGCCAAAUGCGGUGAAGUUCGAAGACAAUAUGUGUAAAGUGCAAUAAUAUAGAUUGUGCUUUAGAUUUGUAAGUUAUUUAAUAUUAAUAUUAGCUUUACUGGUAUUACCAGGCUGUCUUAUAUCAUAUAAACAUAUUUAAUAUUAAUUGAUGUAUAUAAGUAUACAACUCAAGAUUGUUUAGUCGAAACAUCACAGUAUACAGGGCACUAUUAUUGAAGUACACAAUGUUUCUAUUUGACUUUCUGCCCUAUUACUAUUAGCUACACUGAAAUAAAUAAAUUAAUAUUCUAUUGCUAAAUAAAUAUUUACUAGCUUUACGCGGUUUGUUAACUACUUAUUAAAGUUUAUUUAAUGCAGUUCGUUGGUGAAUUUAUAAUAUUUCUAAUAGCUUUUUCUUUAUAUCGUUGUAAAGCUAUUUGCUCGCAGAUUAUAAUCUCUAUAUUUGAACACGUAAGAGCUAUAAUCGCACAAAUGUUUUGACAAUUUAUAAUGGUACAAGAACAGGAGUCAAGGUCAGGCACACUGAGUCCUCAACAAGUCAAUAUCAAAGAUAUAGUGACCAGUAUUUUAUCUAGAUUAAGUUCUCAUACUUAUUUUUCUUAGUAUUCAUUGAGGCUUCUGUCUACAUUAUUUAUUUCACUAUACUUACCGUUGUACUCAGAGUCAUUUAACGGUUACUUAAAUCAGUCCGCAACAAUAGUUGUCAGAACAAAAUGGUUACUAAGGAAAGGUUAAAGUGAUCAUUAAAUGUCUUAGAGUAGAGCAGUUUGUGAAUUUAACUUGAUAUAUUAAUAACGAUACUUGUAAAGUAUUGUUUAGGUGAUCUGUUCAUUGUUUAUGUACAGUGUGUGAUGUAAAACUCUCUCAUUCAAUUGUUAAAAACAAAAUCCCCCUUAUUACAAAACAAGGUUUAUCUUUAGUCCAGGUUUAAACCAUUGAGUCGGGUUUUGAAUUUUCAAUCUUAUUGUCAUCUACUUUCAAUUCGAAAUACGAAAACUGGCUCAAUGGUUAGUCCUAGACUAAAGUAAAACCUUGUUUUAUAAUAAGGCCGAUUAGGUUUUCUUUUUGUUUAGUUGUUUCUAUAUUCCAAUUGUUGUGUGUUCAGUCUUACUGGAAUAUUCUUUCCGGUGUAUUCAGACAGUGAAUAUGGCACCCGUUUACUAUUUACCUGUUAUAACGUUUUUGCAUUUAUUAACAGCAUUUUGAUGAUAUUUUCACAAAUUGAACAUAUACCUCUAGUUUAUUUAAAACGUUGUUGCACCAAGUUGUGUAAUAUUUACGUAGCACAAUUGUAUAACUGUGAUUAAAUUGUAAUAUUCGUUUAGUUGAAAAUGUAACAGUAACAUCUUAGCUCAACUUUGCCGGUAUAUUUCACCUAGCUUGCGCACUUAUUUAUUUAAUUAAAAGACUGUGAAAUAUAAUUUAAUGCCAUUUUCAUAAUUAUUGAUGAUUAAUUACUUAAUUAUGUUGAAACCUUAAUAGAAGUUAUGUUUUAUUUCUUAAUAUAUCAUAGGUAAUAGAUUAACGCCCCUCCAUCAAACAGCGUGUUACAAAGUUGUUUAUUAAUUCUUAUCUUAAAACUACUCAUGUUGUAAAUAUGUUUAUAAUUUCGAAAAUUACAUUUAUAUUUAUUAUUU